GCUUUCCGCGCGGUGUCAGCGGCGGUUCGGGGCCGGCCUCGAGGGCUGGUCUACGAGAAGCACGGGGAGCCGGCCCAAGUCCUACAGUUAAAAGACAUCAGUUUGGGUGAGCUGGAAGCUUCUGGGGUCCACGUAAGAAUGCUUGCAGCCCCUAUCAACCCAUCAGACAUUAAUAUGAUUCAAGGAACGUACGCUGUUCUCCCGGACUUACCUGCAGUUGGGGGGAAUGAAGGAGUCGGGCAGGUGGUGAAAAUUGGCAGCGAUGUGACUUCACUGAAGCCAGGAGACUUGGUGAUCCCAGCAGAUGCAGGACUCGGGACCUGGCAAACAGAGGCAGUAUUCAAGGAGGAGAAGCUGCUGAAAAUGCCCCCGGAUAUCCCGCUGGUGUGCGCAGCCACCCUGAGCGUCAACCCCUGCACAGCUUUCCGGAUGCUGUCCGACUUUGAGACCUUGAAGCCAGGCGAUUCUGUCAUCCAAAACGCAGCCAAUAGCGGAGUGGGACAGGCCGUCAUCCAGAUCGCCGCAGCCAAGGGUAUCAAAACGAUAAAUGUGGUCAGAGAUAGACCCAACCUCCCGGAGCUCGUAGACAGAUUGAAAUCCCUUGGAGCCGAUCACGUCAUCACAGAAGAGGCGUUGAGAAAGCCAGAAGCAAAAGAUUUGUUUCAGAAAAUCUCUAAGCCCCUGUUGGCGCUGAACGGAGUGGGAGGGAAGAGCGCCACCGAGAUGCUACGCCAUCUGCGGCAUAAAGGGACUAUGGUUACCUAUGGUGGGAUGUCAAAGCAGCCCGUGACGAUCCCCGUGAGCGCAUUGAUUUUUAAGGACAUAAAGCUUCGUGGUUUUUGGAUGACCCAGUGGAAGAGAGACAAUGCCCAGAACAAGGAGAAACUGGACAGGAUGAUCGCGGACUUGUGCGCCCUCAUCUGGAAGGGCCAGCUCACCGCUCCAGCCUGCCGAGAGGUCCCGCUGGCAGAUUACCAGUUAGCCUUGGAGGCGUCCAUGGCGCCGUAUGUAUUGGCGAAGCAGAUCCUCCUUAUGUGA